ACACUAAUUAUCUCUUAUCACACUGAUUAACCAACCUUCUUCUCUUAUGUCUCCAAUAACCUUAGUUGGAGUUUUCAUAUUCAUCCUUUGCUUUCUCAUAUUUGAUUACUUCCUCUUCAAGAAACCUCAUGACCGAAUCCUUAGAAAUUGGCCCGUCAUUGGCAUGCUUCCAGGCCUUAUCAUGGUCCUCCACCGUGUCUACAACUUCACCGUAGAGCUUCUUGAAAACACCGACUUAACAUUUCAAUUCAAGGGACCAUGGUUUGCCGGAAUGGAUAUGUUGCUUACAGCAGAUCCAGCUAACAUUCACCAUAUAUUGAGUUCAAACUUCUCAAACUACAUCAAAGGGCCCGGUUUUCAAGAUGUUUUUGAUGUGUUCGGAAACGGAAUAAUCACAACGGACUCGGAGCUGUGGAAGAGUCUGAGAAAAUCUUAUCAAGCCAUGAUCCAUCACCAACGGUUUCAAAGGUUUUCAGAGAGUACAUUGGCCAGGAAGCUCAAGGACGGGCUUAUUCCCCUUCUUGAUCAUUUUGCAGAGGAAGGCACACCUGUGGACUUGCAAGACGUGUUCGGGAGGUACACUUUUGAUACAAUAUUAAUCCUUAUAACGGGUUCUGAUCCAAAAUCUCUAUCUACUGAAAUGCAUGAGGACGAAUUUGCUAAAGCUCUGGAUGAUGUUGGAGAAGGAAUUUUGUAUAGACAUGUUAAACCAAGGUUUUUGUGGAAGCUGCAUAACUGGAUGGGAUUCGGACAAGAGAAGAAGAUGGUCCAAGCUAAUGCAACUUUCGACCGUGUGUGUGCGAAAUACAUAUCAGACAAGAGAGAUGAGAUAAGAAGACCACAAGGG